GGAGGCACAUUGGGAAUCCUGAGGGUCUCUCACUGAACCUGGAGUUCUUAGGUUAGCCCUGCUGGCUGAUCAGCGAGCUCCAGGAAUCUGCUUGUCCCCAUCCUGUUGCCCAUGUCUACCACCACUGGGGUUACAGAUACAUGCCGUCAUGGUCAGCCUUUUCUGUGAGUGCUAGGGAUUGGAGCUCAAGGCCUCCUGCUUGCAUGGUAAGUCCUUUACCAAGUGAGCCCUCCCCCAACUACUGGCAGUCUCUUCUUACAUGGACACUGAUACCGUUAGACAAGUAUCUGACCAGACGGAUACCACAGAACCCAAGGUAUCAACAUAUCAAGUCACGACUGGAUACUGGUAACAGUAUGACCAAAUACAUUGAGAAGCUAGAAGAGAUUAAAAAAAAUUAUAGAUACAAAAAAGAUGAACUUUUCAAGAGACUAAAAGUUACCACUUUUGCUCAGCUGGUCAUUCAAGUUGCUUCCCUGUCAGAUCAAACCCUGGAAGUGACAGCUGAGGAGAUCCAAAGGCUGGAAGACAAUGAUUCUGCAACUUCAGAAGCUGAUGCUGAAAUUGCUGCCAAGACCAAUGGGAAAGAGAGCCCUGGGGAGCAGUCACCCAGUCCUGUCCAGUUCAUCAACAGCACAGGAACAGGGGACUCCAGCCGCUCCACUCUCCAGAGCGUCAUCAGUGGCGUUGGGGAACUGGAUGUAGACAAAGAGCUAGUAAAAAAAGAGGAGCCCAGUGGUAAAGACAAGCCUUAUCCGGACUGCCCCUUCCUGCUGCUAGAUGUGCGUGACAGAGACUCUUAUCAGCAGUGCCACGUUGUUGGGGCUUACAGUUACCCAAUUGCAACUUUGUCGAGGACAAUGAAUCCCUAUUCAAACGAUAUUCUUGAGUAUAAAAAUGCUCACGGCAAGAUCAUCAUCCUGUAUGAUGAGGACGAGAGGCUGGCAAGCCAGGCAGCGACUACCAUGUGUGAACGCGGGUUCGAAAACCUCUUCAUGCUUUCUGGGGGUCUGAAAGUCUUAGCUCAGAAAUUCCCAGAAGGAUUGGUCACUGGUUCCCUGCCAGCCUCUUGCCAGCAGGCCCUCCCUCUUGGUUCUGCCCGGAAACGAUCCAGCCCCAAAAUGCCAUCCCUGCCAGCUGAGAACAAGUGGAGGUUUACACCAGAAGACUUAAAAAAGAUAGAAUGUUAUCUGGAAGCGGACCAGGGCCUGACAGACAAUCACAGCCGAAUGAACCAGAAUAACUCCUCCGGAAGAGACUUGAAGGUGAAAGCUGGCCACAAUGGGCAGAACCUGCCAACGGGGGGUCCUGCUGGUCACUGCAAUCCCCGCACACCCAACAGUGGUCACCUGCAAGGCAAACCCUGGAAGUGAAGACCUUGUGUCGUUCAGUCAAAUAAAUGUCCCCUCCUUUUGGAACCCCCACCACUCCCAACUUGGUCAUUUCAGAACUGUUACGGAGAAAAGCCACACUGCCUGGGCAGACCAGGCCCACUCCUCCCUGUCUGCAGUUCCCUCCCUUCGCUCAGGAAGGAUUUUGACAGAUGACCACAAAAACCAGAGGCUUGACAGGCUCUAGUGCCCUCCCUAUUGUUUACAGGAUAUUCAUGUCUUUUGAAAUUGAAUAGGAAAAAAGAAAAAUACUUUUCUUUUAAAUAAGGUCCAGCCUGUUUGGUCUGCAACCAGUGUUGUUUUGUAAAUAAUUCAGUCACAUCUGCUGGUGUGUUCUUCCCAGACAGCCUUUUUCAUUCACUGUUGAUUUCAUGAAAGAUUUCUCCAGGUGGGCCUAGCAUUAGCUGCUGUCCCCAGGGGUGCAGAUGAGUUUUGGUUCCUGCAGCUCACAGGCCCCACACUGGGCCAGGUGGCUGGAUGAGUCAGUUAGCCUGUCGUGCUGCAGGCUCUGCUGGGAGUUUGAGGCUGAGGGGUCUAUGAGCAUAGUUCCAUCUUACUGGUUUAGCAGAGAGGCUCUCUGCAAAAAUGGUCCCUUGUUAAAUGGUCCCUGAAACCAGAAAGGUGUGGUUAGCUAUACUCACACUGGAAGGAGGGCCUAGUGCAGGAAGGUCCCAGUAUACUACAGGUCUGUGCUGAGAGCCAUGGAAGGCCACCGCAGCUGUCCCCUCCAUUGUGAGCCUUAUAUCAAUUAAAAUUUCCCGUUGUCUAAUUUGAGUCCAGCUGUGUUAGAUGGCUAGCAAUCCCAGUCACUUGAGAGCAUCAGCUUCACUCAGGCAGGGGGAACGCACAGGUGAGGAGGACUCCCACUCCUUUGUCAGGGCUGACAACCCUUAAGCCCUUGCUUAAAAAUACAGUAUUAGUCUAAUUGAGUAAUUAGUGCAAUUUCCUGCUUGCUUUUCAUUCUCACGACUGAGCUGUGAUUAGGAGGCUGUGAUUAUAGAUUCUGGUUUUGGCCGGAAUUUUGAAUUGGCAUUAAUUGAAUUGCUAGAUGACUGACAUCCAUUCUCUUUAAUUGGGGGAACAAAGGACCUCAGGUAAGGAUGAGGCGAAUGAAGUCUCCGGGAAGGAAGAGCCCUGUUAAUUUUUAUGGUCUGUGAUCGGAGCUGUGAUAAGGGACUAAGGAAUAAAUUGUGCUCUUUGUCAUGGCAACCAGCUUCUGAAAAGCCAACUGAAAAUUGCCUAUCCUUAGGUGAUUACUGCUGCCGGUAAGAUUCGCCUUAACAGUACUAUUUUCUCACCACUAAAAAAAAAAAAAAAAAGGAAAAAGAAAAAGGCCCACAGUAUUCUAGCAUGAGGACUGUGUUUGUAAAAGAAAUAAACGUAAUAAAUAUCUCAUGGAGACAUAUGGAAAAAUAACUCAGUCAAACCAGCUCUGUUUCAAAAUGUGUUUAUUCUUCUCUACUGAUUUCCAAAGUGCAACAUUUUCCGACGUUUUAGAAAUCAAACAAACCAGGGACAUUGUUCAGAUGUCAAGCCGUGCCCAAUUUUCCACAGGAUUCGAGAAUCUUGUAUAAAAUUCAGCCAACGUACACAUAGCUUUAAUGAGAAGCCUGUCAUGUUUCCCCAUAAAUUUAUUGCCUGAGAACUUAGUUCAGCCUUUUGCAAAUGCCAAAAUGCACUGGCUUUUUAUUUUCUUUACAGCAUAGAUAGAAAAAUGCAGAUUUUUCCACAUUCGACUUUCCCCUAGCACAGACAAGGUUUUCAGUCAUCUUUGACACAUAUACAUUCCCCAGGAAAGUAUUUUCCUCAGUAGCAAAGCUCUGGUUUGUCACUUAACAUGGGCUAGGCAGGUCAGACCUCACCCAAUCCUAUUUUGAAAGAAAAGGGCUAUUUCCUCUCAUUGCCCUCCUGCAUUCCCACCAAUGGAUGGUAGUGUUAGAGACUGCUGUAUGGAUAGAUGUGCUAAGCUGGGUUGGUCAAAGCUGUUAGAAUUGCUGUGUGCUUGCUGGCGUGCUCUAGCAGGCUGAAUGUAUUUCCAUGUGCUUCUUCACAGCAGUUUGCCCUGUCUGUCGGCAAAGAUUUCAGACUUCCGAGAGACCAAUCUGAUUCUGCACCCAUUGUUAGUCUCCGACGCCGUUGCUUCUUAACGUCCCACUUUACCAGUUUCCUCAUUAGAUUAUUUGACAUGUAUUAUUUAAAUGAUCAGUGAUACUUUGUGCAAUUAUGAAUGUUGAAGAUUAAAGAACGUAGUUACUAA